AUCGCGUUACUUCUUUAUAUAUUGGACGCUGACAAUCCUCGAAGCCACACAGAAUAAUACUCGCUAGUCUAUCACCGACAGUGUUGGAGAGUUUUGAUGUUCGCAUCGCUUUUAUUUUUCCAAGCACAAAGUUUUCGGAUCGCAAAUAAUUUCCGCCAUGAAGGUGUUACUGGGAUUGUUUUUGCUGUGUUUCAUUAGUAUGUUUGGAGAGACAAUAUCUAAUCCGGUUGAGAAGCGCUUGAAAGACACUCUAUUUGCUGGCUAUGACAAGAGUCUUCUACCCUCCCAUGAAGAAAGUCUGGAUCUCAGUCUGCAAAUGGCCUUAUCAAACUUGAAAGAAGUGGAUUUUUCUCGAGGGAUCAUUAAAAUGAAUGUGUGGCUAAAAAUGUUAUGGCAAGAUUCACGUCUGGCAUGGGAUCCGAUGCAAUUUGGAAACAUUUCCAUCUUGCGCGUUCAUUCUUCUGAGGUAUUCAAGCCAGACAUAUCCCUCUACAACAGCCAUUCACCAAAUGAGAUGCUUUCGGAUGAUAUUUCAGUUCUAGUGUACAACACCGGUACAGUCUACUAUAUACCGCCGACAGCUAUUGAAGCAUCCUGCACAUUCGACUUCAAGGACUACCCAUACGAUACACACAAAUGCCGCCUGAAGCUUGGAUCGUGGUCGUAUGAUAACUCGAAAAUAAAGGUCACUUCAUCGGCCAAAGAAAUAGACCUGGAAGACUACUGGGAACACCCGGUGUGGGACGUCGUAGAAACCUCAGCCGUUAAAAACACCAUCAGCUACCCAUGUUGUGAAGACAUAUACGAGGACGUGACCUUUCAUUUGACCAUAAGACGUCGAGACAGCCAUGGUUAUAUCGCUUCCUCCGUGAUCGCCACCUGGCUCAUCCUCGUCGUCUUCCUGAUCGGACCGUCGUCGGCCGGAGAACGUACCCUCUUUGCGGGCUUUGUCUUUGUCUCACUGGUAGUGCUAUCAGCAGCGCUGAGCGGUGAGGUGCCCAUCUACUCAGCAACCAGACUCGGUCGAUUUCUCAUCGCUGGGAUGCUCGUCACUGCCAUCGUCAUGGUCAUCAACGGCCUCAUCUGCCGUUUCUACCCGAAGGACCAACCCGGCCAAAUGAAGGAGGGUGAUGGAUCUGCUCCUCGUGUGUUUCUCUUCAUUGAUAUCGGUGCUUUCCUUGGAACUGUCAUCAUCCUCGCUAUAUUAACAGGCGCCCUCUUCGCCUAAGGCAAGGUAGUUCUUCAUUGAAUUCUGCCUUCUGGAGAAAUUCAACGUAUGAUUAACAGUACCAAUAAUUGUAUCAAUUAUAACAUAUGAUAAUUAUGAUGAAAACAAAAAAUUGUUAUAACCCGCCCCACCAAAAAAAGUAUUAUGUAAAUCCUUUUUACCCAUUACUAAUUGUAUAGAGAUUUCAUUGUAAAAUGUGUAGACUUUUAAUUCAUUUAGGAUGUUGAUUUAUCAGUUUGUCAUAUCUUUCCCAAAAUAUGCACUUUCUUACUUAUCUGUUUAAAAUUAGUAUGUGCAUG